AUGGACAACACAGCCACAGCGACGGUCCCUGAUAAGGAACUAUUUAUUAACGCGAAUGUGAACACCACCGAAGAGGAGACUGAGAACCCUUCGCGCCCAAAGGGAAUUAGAUUUGCGAUUUUGUUCCUCUCCAUCCUUGCCGGAGAUUUCUUUGUUGGAUAUGACUCAAGUUGCGUCGCCACACUCACGACGGUAAUCUCGGAUGAAUUCGGCAAUCUCAAUGAGAUCGGAUGGUAUGGAACCUCAUACUUGCUGGCAUCUUGCUCUACCGUCCUUAUAUAUGGCCAGGUGUAUACCUUUUAUUCAAUGAAAACGGCCUACAUGUUGUCAUUCUUGGUCUUCAUCAUCGGCUCGGUAGUAGCCGCCACGGCGCCCAAUUCAACUGCCUUCAUCAUUGGACGCGCCGUGAGUGGUCUUGGGUCGGCUGGUGUCUUUGCUGGGAGCAGUAUUAUUGUCGCAAACACGACCUCCCUGAAACAUCGACCUAUCUAUACAGCCAUGUCAGGCGGCGUGGAAUGCAUCGCGCUAGCCUUUGGCCCCCUUAUCAGCGGUGCCAUCACUCGGUACUCCCAAUGGCGGGUUAGCUUCUACAUCAUCAUUCCAGUUGGUGUGGUGGUUAUCCUGUCGAUAUUCUUCUUUGUGAACGACAUCCAGCGCCCAGAGCACGCCAAUCUUCCAAACCGUCAAAAGUUCAAGCGUCUCGACCUUCCUGGGUUCAUGGCAUUCGUCCCACUGGCAAUCAGUGUGAUCCUAGCUCUAGAAUGGGGAGGAUCCGAAUACAUUUGGACCAAUUGGCGGAUUAUUCUGCUCUGGGUGUUGGUCGGUGUCCUCUUGGUGGUAUUCCUCGGGGUGGAAUACCGCUCCGGGGACGAUAGCAUGUUUCCUUUGAGACUGCUCUAUCAGCGAUCGGUCGCGUUCAGCGCAUUGUUCACAUUUUGUAACUCGGCUGCUCUGUUCGUGACGGCCUACUAUCUUCCGAUCUAUUUCCAAGCCGUCCGUGACGCCACUACUUUCCAAUCCGGUCUUAUGUACCUCCCCACAGCAGUUCCUUUUGCCCUCGCGGUUCUCGUUGCAGGGCCCACCACCACCUUCAUCGGCUACUACACCCCCGUGAUGGUGACCGGUACCGUCCUCAUGGUCAUCGCAACGGGUCUCUACACGACCUUCUCCCCAACCACCCCGCCUUCAGAGUGGAUCUCCUAUCAGAUCCUAUAUGGUAUCGGCGUAGGCCUAGCCUUUCAGCAGCCUUUCAUUGCUGUCCAGACUGCGCUUCCCGAGUCGGCAGUUGCAACUGCGUUAGUGGCCAUAUUCUUCACACAGGAGAUCGGCGGCAUCGUGGCACUUUCAGUCGCGCAGAAUAUGUUCACCAACAGAUUCACGCGAGAGCUGGCGAAGGAAGUACCCGGUCUAGACCCGAGUAUUGUGCUAAAGAAUGGCGCGCUUGGAAUCAUGAAGACGGUGCCGGAAAAGUAUGUUGAAGGGGUGAAGAGCGCCAGUAAUAAUGCCAUUGUUGACGUGUUUUAUCUGGCGCUGGCGCUCACUUGCUUGACCGUUGUGGCGGCUCUUUGUAUUGAGUGGAAGUCUGUCAAGAAAGAUGAGGUUGAGGGGCAGGAUAAAAAGAAAGAUAAUGUGAUUCGGACAGGCGUGCAGGAGGAAGACGAGAAGAGAGUAGAGCCGCUUGCCACUACGGAGCACUCCUAG